AUGGCGGAGGCCCUUGGAAGGACCAUAACCAAGGCCAGAUUAGAACAUCACUUAGAAGGGAUCAAGAUCACUGAGAAUACGGAAGCCCUCACGCACCAACAAUUUGCGGAUGAUACUAUGCUCCUGGGUAGUGCUAAUAGUAUGGAAGCUAUGACAUUUAAGAGCAUACUCAACCAAUAUGCAUCAGCCUCUGGGCAGCAAGUUAAUCAUGGGAAGUCAGAGAUUUUUUUCUUUAAUACCAAUUAUAGGAUAGAAACUGAGAUAAGCAGAAUAUUGGAAUUCCUAGUAGGGAAACUCCCUUGCAAAUACCUAGGGUUUAACUUAGAUAAAGGUAAAGACAAAAAAGAUUUAUGGAAAAACAUCACUGAAAAAGUGAAACGAAAGCUAGAUUCUUGGAAGAAUAAGUGGUUAUCUUCUGCAGGAAGGCUGACGUUGAUCAAAUCUUGUUUGUCAGCUAUACCAAUAUAUUAG